UUUCCCAAAAUUCAGACCGUAUAAUUCAUUAUUUAACCAUGUGAUUUUCUUUGAUUAUAGAAAACUAAAGAUAAGGGAUUAUAUUUUAAUAUCUGUGGAUAGGAGACAAAAGGAGUUAAUUACAAUUUAGUGAAAUUAAGAAAAUUAAUGAACCGUAUACUUACAUUUUUAAUAUAGCCACGAUGACAUGAAAAUAGUCUCCAUAAAAAAGGUUCGUGUACAAAUUGAACAUACAAAUUUGUAUACAAAUGAAUGUUCAUAUACAAAAUGCAAUUAAAAUAAGGCGGCUUUAAUAUCUGACAGUUUUGACAGAAUCAUGGAUAUAAAACUAUAUCUAAACAAUUCAAUUAAAAUUAAAUAUCUAUAUCCCCGCGAACCAGCUGCUUUUUAAAAGCGACUAGUAUCAUAUAGUGAAUUAUGCAAUUACAGCACGUUUCCGAGGAACCGAUUUAAUAUGGCGGAUAGGCCGGAUAGCCUAGCUUAUAAAAGCCGGAUAGACCAGAAUUCAAUGAACACAUAUCUUUACCCACCAAUACCAAAAGACAAAGUUUUUAUGCCAAAAUUCACUGUUAUAAUACGUUUUUCUUUUCUCACUUCUUAUUGAGUACUAAGUUUUCCAUUUAUCUCAAAUCACGCAGGAUGUGAAUUUAACGAAUAAUGUAUGCAUUUUGCUAUUAUAAUCAGGAACAGCGACAAAAAUUCCGUUACACACUGACAAAACAAUGAAUAACUUUCUGCUCUUUCCCUGUCACAACUUGUAUUUUGCGCACGACACGUAGGAGGAUCCUGGUAGACCCCCGCUUCCAAUGCCUUGGUCAAUGCAACGCCUUGCCUUCCUCAUUUAAUUACGAUAAAAGAAAACUAGAGUCAGAUAGUACGGUAGCUGGAUAUUCGCGAACCGAAUACUCGGAGGUGUACUGUACAUGCCAAAAAUAAGUACAUCUGUAAAUGUUAUGAGUUAAUUGAAUAAUCGAAUUCAUUGUAAAAGUGCUUUCAUUGUACAAUGCCUUUGGCAAAUUAGAAGCAGUUUAUUGCGAAAAGAAUAUGCUCUCUGCAAAAUAACAUUUCUUAAUCUGGUCUACCAUAAAUUUAUAUAUUUUGUUAAGUAAUGGACAGUUUUUUUCCAUAAAUUGUUUCUCUGAUCAAUUUUGGAUAUGAUUUAGAUACCAAUAUCAUAUGAAAAAAAUUAUGGAUUAUAAAAUGAAAUAUUUUAUUAGAAUUUGUAUUCUCAUACCUUCUACAGUAAUUUUCAAGAUACCCGCAAGUCUACAGAAGAAGCUCAAUUUUUUUAGGUUAAAACUUCUCCGUCUCGCAUAACGCUAUGGAGAACGACCCUUUCAAACGAAGAUAUCCUUUAGAACAGCCAAAGAAGAACAUUCUCCUUUCCAAAGACAACAUCAAUAAGAUCAUCUCUCAUGCCCAACAAUUCCAAACCGACGAAGAAAAAGAAGCCGCCCUCCGAGAAGAGCGUGAAAGAAAACGCAAAGCAAGCAAAGAAUUGGCGGCUACUCUUUCUCAAAGGAAAGAGCCGGGUAGUGAGCUGAAGAAAAAACAAUAUGAACUUGGAACGAAGUUUGCGAAGUUCGAAUUGGACCGAGAAGCCCGAACGGAAGCAAGGAAGAAUCUGGUGCUGGAGCAAGCUUACAAGCGUUUGUUCGAAGACACUGACCGGGUGAAGUACUUCAAGACAGCCAAGAAUUUUGCUGAAGCAAUAAAGGAAAGGAAUGAUCAGAUCGCUACGAGGACAACACACAAAGACGAAGAAGUCAAGUACGACACUCAGUUUUUGCUGAGAACUAUGCGUGAUGUGGAUCAGCAUAAAUGGGAGGAACAGGAAAAGGAGAGAAUAAAGGAACAAAACAAAAAGAAGAACGCUGAAAAUUGGAGGAAGCAAAACGAAGAGAUUCUACAGAAAAAAAGCAAAGAAAAAUGGGAACAUUUAAGGGAUGGUUACCUCAUUCGGGAUGAAGAUGAACGGGACAAGGAAAAAGCAGCUAGGAAAGAACUUGAAGAAAAGGAACGAGUACGUCAGUACAAAGAAAUGCUAGAGAACCAAAUUUUAGACAAACAAGCAUUAUUCGAUACCCACCAUCGGCAAGAAGAAGCUGAAGAAGUGAAGGCCAAACUUUUUAACGAUUCCAAACGCCAAAUGAAAUUGGAACAUCAAAAAAUAAAAGAACAGCUGGACAAAGAAAAGAAUUCACUGAGACAGCAUGUGGCGAGCACUUUGACUGACGAAGGCGCUGUCUUAAAAGCUAAAGAAGAGGCCAGUUUGAAAAGGGCGAUUUUGGAAGCUGAAGAAAAAGCGCGGGAAGAAGGCGCCAUGAAGCAACUAGAAAAAGAGGAGGCGCUAGAAGCUAUAAAAGAGUUCUACGAUAAAGAAAUGGAAGCAAAAGAGAGGCGUAAAUAUGAAGAAAGGUUAAGCGGAUACCAAGAAGGUCGCAGGAUUGCGGAAAAUGUGGAUCGUUUACAAAGAGAAGAAUUUUCCAAAGCAAAAAAGCGGGAAAAUCUCGAAAAAGAAGCUCAGCAUUUGCAGAUGCAUCAGAUUGCAAAACGGCAAGCCAAUAAGAAAGCAGAAAAUGUGAAUGAGAUAAAGGAUUAUAUGAAUCACAUGCGAAGUUUAGACAACGAGGAAGAAAUGUUCCAGAAAUUUGCUCAGAUGGAGAUUGAGAAAUGUGAAGCCCGAGGAGUAGACACCUAUGCCAUGAGGAAAGCUGCUAGGCCUGGUAUUGAAUGUGGAAAGGGCCCGCUAUUUGAAGACCGUGGGCAUAUCAGGCCUAGGUACUAUGCAGCAACUUGGAAUCCAGACGAUCUCGUUCAUGUUAAACGAAAUCAAAGACUACAGGACACAAAAUCAAGACUUGGAUUUACUUUGUAUUAAGAGUACCGCAUUUCUUCAGUAACGAUGAUUGUUUUCAUUUUUCUACGAAUUAACACAUUUGCUCUAUCAAGAAUCUGUAUCAAAAAUUGAGGAUCAGAAUGAAAUUUUUAAUUUUGUAAUUUUAACAUUUUAUGCUUAUAAUUCAGGUAAAACAAGAUAUUUAGAAUGAUUUAUUUAUUUAAAUAAACAAAUUAUUCAAAACUUUAUAAAUGAAUUUAUUUUCUUGUUGCCUAUAAAAAGAAUUUAUUAACCACUGAACGCAUUAUUUUAAAUUAAUCAAUGUUGGAGAUUGACUUAACUUAGUUGAGGGUAAAAUAAGAGGUUAAUUAAUAUAUUUAUCAAAAACCGAGCGAAAAUAUCAGAUCUUAUUAUUUUUGGAAUGUGUUACCUCAUUCUGAUU